CUUGCCCAGACACACGGCUUAAGCAUUCAAUGGAUCUGCCCGGAAUUGCUUGUUCAACAUCGACUCCCGGCCACAUGACCCACGCUGACCGCCCUGUUGUUUCAUUUGUCUCGCGCAUACUCCGUCCAGUCGGCGAAGUGGACGUUCAUUAAUCGUGAAUAAAAUGCCCAAUUGGACUCCCUAGCAAUAAUAAUGUCGGUGAAGCAAGCUACCUGACCUGUACCCUAAAUGACGUAGCGCUUUCUUUCACUGCAGUUAGAACACCGCAUCUCUCUGCCUUUACUUAUUGAUUAUCAAUUCCUUCCUGAGGUGCGGCUUUCGUGCAUAUACCGAAGCUACGUCGAUCGACCAGACUACAGCCACUACCACCGGCGAUACAUACUAGACAUUAACAUUUCUCCUGUACUUGUAUCAUGUUUGCCCUCCGCUGAUCUUUCCAACUAUCUUCCAAUCAACGAGGGCGCCUCAAGAUUCCCGUUUGCCAAUAGGCCGUCCUAGUCCUUUUCGUUCUGCAGGAUUUCAAGAUUCUGGACGCCCAAUCUGUAUGGUGCUGCAAGGCCUCCAAGCACAAGCCCUCGCACAGUUAACGAAGCGACGCACUAUCGUGUAACGCUCGACUAGCCUCAGAAUGGCCGAACAGGCCCUGGGACUGACCUUAAAUGCGGUCCCAGUUGCGAUCAAGCAUCACGACAAAGUCUGGGAUCCAGUCCACCACAGAUGGAAGAAGAUGCGAGGCCAGUUGCCCAAGGAAGAUGAGGACAUUUACGACCGAAGGAUAAUGGAAGAGAAGGGUCUAGUUCUGCGCCGACGGCGUGAUGUCGCCCCAGACGAGGAAAUCGUGGAAGUGGUCCGGCACAAAGGCGAAGUUCUCCCCAGGCGGCCAGGGCAGCGACGGAGGGCGAGCUCUCUGAACAAUGAACGAGCCUUGGUGGGCGCUGGUGCCGGAGCUGGUGCAGGAGCACUCGCCCAUCGUCGAGAUCGACGAGACUCUUAUUACGACUCUGAAGGGUCUGUACCACCCCGGUCUCGCGUGCGAGCCAAAUCAUCCACAGGUCGAUCUCGGAAGAAACGAGGGUCAUCCAGCGACUCCUCGACGUCGUCUUCAUCGUCACUAGUGUCAUCUACCGAGGAGGAAAAAAUCUGCAAAAAGAUACAACGCAAGAAAUGGAUUACUGCCGCAUUGGCCAGUGUUGCCACCAUUCAUGCGGCAUCCAAGGUGUACUCCUCCAUCGAAGCUCACGACAAGCGCAUGGAAAAAGUCCGAGAGGGCACCUUGUCUCCUGAGCAAGCACACAAGCAACAACGGGCCGCGCGCUGGCAAGAUGCGGCGGCUAUUGGCAUUGCCGCCCUCGGCAUCAAGGGCGCUGUGAGUGAGUGGAACGAGGUUUCCGAAGAACACGCAGAGCACAAAAGAUUGCUCCUGGAGAGGGAGGAACACCAUAAAAAACGUCUCGAACGGGAGCGGCGUCGGAGAGCCCGGGAAAGGGAUGGUUAUUACAAAGGGCGGGAUGGUCAUUGGUAUUAUGCUGGACCGGCAAGGAGGAGCCCCUCAAGUCCCCGUGGCGACAGUGCAAGAGGACGUUAUCCUGACUCCGAUCCGGGCAGAGACUCUGGUCGUAAUCGCAGACGGACAGAGGACGACAGCGACGAUGGUAGGGACCGGUCCCGGCGUGCGGUGAGUCGCCGUCGUGCAGACGACUACUGAUUCUUUUUUUUUUCCGGCAUCUACCUUCUCUGGGUGUACGCCAAUUUCGGUCACGUGUCUAUGUUCGGGAAGAUUGUAACCGGCACGGUGCUGACGAACGUGGAAAGACCAGCAGAAGCUCGUCCCCCCAGCGUCUUCAGAAGAAACCGGAAAAGACACGACACACUGUCGGUCAACUCGGGGUUGAUGUCUUGGACGCAGCGAUAAACCCUUAGCAAGCAGUCAGUUUUCUUUUCGGCAUUAGUUAUAGCGGGUGUAGCAUGGCACUGGAACGUCUUGAUUCUGCGAUUUCAAGAAAUCGCCUGGGGUGCAUUUUCAGCAGGGCUUAGAGAGCAAGGUGCAAUAAAAGGCAGGUGUGGUACGAGAUAACGAGGUUACGAGGUAUGCGAACAUGACAUGGUAAGACCUACUCAAAACUCACAGGCUGAUGCAGUAUAUCACCUCGUACUGGAUCUAUAGAGUCGUUUCACUUCUGCAAUUCCCCUAAGACUACCUGUAGAGGCUCCAACUAUACGAAGCCUAUGACAAGGCUGCGAUAUUGCGGAAAAG